GGGUGGGUUCGUUCUGACGUGCCGCAUCGCAGGGAUGAUUUCGUAAAUCACUAUAUACUACCGCGUAUCGGUAACUCUAUUUAACAGUGAAUCAUAUAUCCAUGCUAUAUUUAGUUACCAUAAUGGUGCUAUAUUGAGGGAAGCUCUUAACUAUCGCAUUUUGAAAUACGUUUCAUGAGGUUACCCCGUGUUAGCAAUGUCAAAUUCCGCUAAAGAUGGUAUCGUUACCGGUACUACGGAAGACAGCAGGAUAUACGUUUUGGUUGCACUGAACUGUAGCAAUCCAGACGUCCUAAGCAGGGUCUGCGAAAAGACACUGGAAAUAUUCCUCAAAGCCAAUAUACUGCUACAGUUUGGUGUAGUAGGAUACCUUGAAUUCCCGGUACACGUGGUCCACAAAUUUAACGACGAACAUCAAUUUGUUAUCCGCACGUCAAAUAGGAAUGUCACCCGGUUAAUGUUGCUUGUUGCCGAUCGGUUUCCUUUAAAGCUACCCAUACCAUUCACGGAGUAUCUGCAAGUCUCGGAUGACAUAUUUCUCCGUAUUGUAAAAUGCAGUACUAACCUUUGGAAUCUUAAAUAGGAUGUAGCCAUUUUGGGGGCGCGCGGGGGAGUCUAGAGACUCUCGUAUAAUACCACUACAAUCUCAACACAUUAUUAUUA